AUGAUUGAGAGUCCGAGCGGCGCGUCCAGCAACAUGAAGGUGAAGACACGAGCCGACGGAGGGAGUCCUGGGGCAGGCCUGGGACAGGCUCUGAGCGCUCACACCGGCCUCAACGCUCGCUGCCCGUUAUUGAUUCGUCCUCCGCCGCGCGCCGUCAUUGAGACAAACCCACGUGAGAUCCCAGAGCGCGUGUCCGACGGGCCAUUAGGGAUCCAACAUGGCCGCCGGGGCUAA